AUGGACGAGUUCUUGGCCGACUUGCGGGAGCUGGACGAGACGCAGGAGCGCGUCGAAGCCGUGAGUGACGGCAUGCUGCGUGUGCAGCGCUCAGGCGACGCCUCGAAGGCGCGGGAGAUGGUGGAGAGCUGGAUCCAGGCGCUGCGGGCCAGCGACUUCCAGUCGGAGCGCGUGGCGUUCCUGUACGUGGCCAACCACGUGCUGCAGAAGACGCUGUUCGGCGGGUCGGAGGCCGCCAAGACGCCGCUGUUCGUGGAGCUGUUCAUGCAGCACCUGGAGGAGGCGGUGGCGCUCGUGUGCAACUCGCCCAUGGACCGGCAGAACGUCACGAAGCUCCUGGAGCUGUGGCACGAGAAGGAGAUUUUCACGGACGCGCAGGUGCUCAAGCUGUGGCGCUGCACGGGGGAGGACCUGCCCCACUUCCUGGAGGCUGUGGAUGGAGACGCGGGCGCGAAACAGGGCGAGAAGUCGACGGACGAGGAGGACAUGGAAGAGCUGCCGGACAACCAGGACGCCGCGGCGGAGCUGCACCACGUGCUGCCCAUGAAGCUCAACUCGCACUCGGUGAACCCCGUGCUGGACGUGCUGAAGAAGAUCGACCACCACAAGACGGCGGUCAAGUUCCUGGACCAGCAGAUCAGGGAGAGGCACCAGGUCUUGCUGCAAGACAGCGUCAUGAGGUACCAGACCGCGGCGGAUCUGGUGGCGGACAGAGCCACGGCAUCGUCGCAGAUCAAACAACGCACGGAGGAGUGCUUGAGACUGGUCAAAGUUCGCAACGAAGAGGCCGCAGCCAAGAUCGAGCAGAAGCUGGAGCAAUGCGACGAGAUCGACUUGGGGCUCAUGGAUUUGACGGAUCACAUGAGCAAGUUCCCUGAAGAGUGGUCACGCGCGCGGAUUGUUAGUAUGCAGCGCCGCAAGCAGCGCGAAGAGUUCCAGCGUCAGAAGGACGAGGAAAUUGCCCGCCUGCACCAUGAAGCUAUUGCUGAGAGCGCAAUGCACGCGAUGAACCUGGAGGCUGAUAUCAACUCCAACUCGGCCUCAGAGUUGCAGUCUCUUUCCAAGGAGUUCAAGGACCGUCCACAAGAGAAGGACACCAAAACCGACAACGAGAACGAGCUCGUCUGGAACCCGUGCGUGCUGUUUGUUGACUGGGAACACAACGCAAUUACUUUGAGGUGA